AUGAAGACGUUGGCCGGCGCCAUAAUAUUAUGCAUCAUGCUCGUCAUAAUUUCCGGAUGUUCGAUGAAUCCGGACGCAAAAAGGCUGUAUGAUGACCUUUUGUCUAACUACAACAAACUCGUAAGACCUGUGCUCAAUAAUACUGAUCCACUACCAGUUCAGAUUAAGCUCAAACUAUCACAACUCAUCGAUAUUAAUUUAAAGAAUCAAAUUAUGACGACGAACUUAUGGGUAGAACAGUAUUGGUAUGAUUAUAAACUAACGUGGAAUCCUAAAGAAUAUGGUGGUGUCGAAGGGUUACACGUACCUUCAGAACACGUUUGGAGACCAGACAUUGUUCUCUAUAACAAUGCUGAUGGGAAUUUUGAAGUAACGUUAGCUACCAAAGCUAUGCUUCAUUAUAGUGGUCGGGUUGAAUGGAAACCUCCAGCUAUUUACAAGUCUUCCUGUGAGAUAGACGUAGAAUUUUUCCCAUUUGACGAACAAACAUGUGUGAUGAAAUUCGGCUCGUGGACCUAUGACGGUUUCCAGGUAGAUUUAAGACACGCGAAUGAAGUCAUCGGUUCACGGGUUGUAGAUGUCGGUGUUGACUUAUCCGAAUUUUAUGCUUCUGUUGAAUGGGAUAUUUUAGAGGUUCCUGCAAUAAGAAAUGAGAAAUAUUAUACUUGCUGCGAAGAACCAUAUUUAGACAUAACAUUUAAUAUCACUAUGCGGAGAAAAACACUCUUCUAUACGGUGAAUUUGAUCAUACCUUGUAUGGGGAUAUCUUUUCUCACGAUACUCGUGUUCUACCUUCCAUCGGAUAGCAAUGAAAAAGUUAGUUUAAGUAUUUCAAUUCUCCUCUCGUUGACCGUGUUCUUCCUACUGCUAGCCGAGAUCAUUCCGCCCACGUCGUUAGUCGUUCCACUUUUGGGCAAGUUUGUAUUAUUCACGAUGAUACUCGACACGCUUAGCAUAUGUGUGACAGUUGUUGUGUUAAAUAUCCAUUUCCGAUCUCCCACUACACAUGUUAUGUCACCGUGGGUCCGCAGAGUAUUCAUCCACAUUUUACCGAGAAUGUUAAUCAUGAGGAGACCGCAUUAUCAAAUGGAAAGGAAGAGUUUGAUGGGAGCUUGUCAUCGAAUCAUGGUAAGAACGUGUAACGGGCUUGAACUUGGGGAUCAAGAGUCGGCCGAUCAGUUACUUCAAGGCACCGAUGUGUUUUCACCCAGGUGGUUUUAUUUACUAUGCUUUGUUCAUUUGUUUUCGUUAUCUAACGCCUUUAAUGGUUCGUUUAGGGAUUUAGAAAGUGGAAUUAUUGGCUGUUGCGAGAUACACGGCCCAAUAAUAGCAGUGCCCAGUCCGUCCGAACUGAAUCAAAAAGGUUCGAUUCCCAAGGGCAAAAAACAUUGGCAUGACUGUCCAGAACUUCACAAAGCUGUCGAAGGAGCUGCGUUUAUAGCAGAUUAUAUCAAGAAAGAAGAAGAGGAGAAGAAGAUUAAAGAAGAUUGGAAGUACGUCGCGAUGGUAUUGGACAGGCUAUUUUUGUGGAUAUUCACAUUAGCUGUGACUAUGGGCUCUGCGGGAAUUAUCCUGCAGGCUCCCACUUUGUACGACAAUCGGUUACCAAUCAAUGUUCGGCUGUCGGAAAUACUGUCACACACACCAACAGUAAAACAAAAUUAUAAUAACAUUAUGUAAAGAUGAUAAUUGCUCAACGUGGUCAACAUUAGACAGGCCGGUGAGGUCCGAUACAGACCGAUACGAGCGAACGGUAGAACACUACUACUGGUCUAUGUAUAGAUUAACUUAUAAAAUGCGUGACAAGGGACCAACAAUCGAGGACUGCUGGUCGUAAUAUGUAUAAUAGUGUCAAUUUUGAUAUUAGAUACUAUUUUUAUGUACUCGGAAAUAGUGACGCAAAUAGAUAGAUAUUUUUAGAUAAUUCGUUUACAAAUGAGAUAUUUACAAGCAGUUUAUUAAAAACAAUUGAUAGGAUAAGGAUAUUAAUGUGAGAGGAUGUUAAUUUUUUCAUUUCUGUAAAAAGCAAAAUAAUAUAAUAAUAAAA